CGCCGCCGCCGUUGCCAUGACGCCGCGCGGCCUGGCGCCUCAGGCCUCGGCCGAUGGAGCGGUACAGCGUCCUGGGCCGGGUCGGCGAGGGAGCGCACGGCAUCGUCUUCAAGGCCAAACAUGUGGAGACAGGGGAGACUGUCGCCCUGAAGAAGGUGGCUCUGCGCAAGCUGGAGGAUGGCAUCCCCAACCAGGCACUGCGGGAGAUCAAGGCCGUGCAGGAGAUCGAAGACAAUCAGUAUGUUGUGAAGCUGAAGGACGUCUUCCCCCAUGGGACGGGCUUCGUGCUGGUCUUCGAGUACAUGCUGUCCGACCUGUCUGAGGUGAUCCGCGACUCGGACCAGCCGCUCACCGAGUCGCAGGUCAAGGGCUACAUGAUGAUGCUGCUGAAAGGCAUGGCCUUCUGUCACGAGAACUCCAUCAUGCACCGGGACCUGAAGCCAGCCAACCUGCUCAUCAGCUCAACGGGACACCUGAAAAUCGCCGACUUUGGCUUGGCGCGGGUCUUCUCCAACCAGGGCGGCAGGCUCUACAGCCACCAAGUGGCCACCCGGUGGUACAGAGCGCCAGAGCUGUUGUAUGGAGCUCGCAAAUACGAUGAAGGCGUGGAUAUUUGGGCCAUGGGCUGCAUCUUCGGAGAGCUCCUGAACAAUUCCCCGCUGUUCCCCGGGGAAAAUGACAUCGAGCAGCUGUGCUGUGUGCUGCGGGUGCUGGGAACCCCCAAUGAGGAGAUCUGGCCGGGAAUCACGGAGCUCCCGGACUACAACAAGAUCACCUUCAAGGAGAACCCUCCCAUCCCGCUGGAGCAGAUCGUCCCGGAUGCAUCUCCGGAGGCGGUGGACCUCCUGAAACGCUUCCUGGUCUACCCAUCCAAGCAGCGCAUCAGUGCCGCUGAGGCUCUCCUGCACCCGUACUUCUUCACGGAGCCCCUGCCAGCCCACCACUCCGAGCUGCCGAAGCCCCAGCGGGGGGGACGCAAGACCCAGCAGCGUCAUGAGUUCCGCAUCGACCGGCCCGUCGGCGAGUCCGCCGUCGACCCCAAGCUCGUCGCCCCGCACGCCAGGGUGUGCCUGUCGAGCCCCGGUCCGGAAUCAGCAGACAACUGCUCCUUGCCUUCCCUCCCUCCCUCUGCUCCCAUCGAUGACGCGGCCCCGAAGGCCUCCAACGUACACUGAUGGAGAUGGCAGCCGGCGAGGUUCGAGGAGCAGCAGACUAUCUCGAGCGCUUCCCGCAGGGGCGGGGAGUCCGCGCCGCCUGCAGGAGCGCCCGGCUGCGAUGGAGGAGGCAUUGGAGCAGCCGCGCUGGCUGCUUAGCUCAGCAGGGCAGGAGCCCCCGCUCCAGUUUGUGGACGAGAUGGCGCUGACCGCCAGCAGCG